CCACUCCCCCCCCGGUGGGGGGGCGGCCUUCAAAGGCUCUGCUGCGCCCGCUGGACGACCGGCUGAAUGAUGAUGGAGGAGGACAGAAUCAAAGGGCCGGGCUCCCUCCAUUGUGACCAGAUGAAGGGACACCUACCUUCCUCCGGGGGCCGAGGGGGGACACGCGCUGCAGCAUUUUGACGUUCUGCACAGGAAACAUCUUUUUGGAAAUCAAAUUUAGAAAAAAAAAUAGAGACAUAUUCCGUCUUUUGGCGCUACGUCGGCGUAGAGCUCGUAUGCUGACUGCUCACCCCCGUCAUGCUUGUUAUGAGUUCUCCAUCCACGACCAGCGAGCCAGAGAGCAGCGGGGGCGGCGGCAGCGGCGGCGAGGGAAGUGGCUGCACCGCCUCCUCCGUCGCCACCUCUGACCCCUCCUCCCCCGCGUGCGGACACACCUGCGCCGCCCCACCUCCCGCCGGCGAAGCCCCUCGCACCUCCAAGCACCAAGCUCCCCCGCCCCCUCCCCUCCCGCCGCCGCCGACCUCCGCCAACCACAACGCGCGGAAGAAGCGCCGCGUGCGCAGCUUCUUCUGGAAGCCCAUACCGGAGGAGAAGGUGCGCGGGACGCCCAACAUCUGGACGAUGGCGGUGCGGCAGCAGCAGUAUCAGAUCGACGUGCGCUCCGUGGAGGAGCUGUUCGGGCAGCAGGACGACGCGGCGGCGGGCGCUCGCGGGGGGGCGGCGGCGGCGGCCUCCGGGGCCUCGAGCCGCAUCUCCAGGUCUCGCUCCUUCAAGGAGAGCAGCAAGGACGAGAUCAGCAUCCUUGACUCCAAGAGGGGGAUGAAUGUUGGAAUUUUCCUGAAGCAGUUCAAGAAGUCCAACCGCUCCAUCGUAGAAGACAUUCGACGGGGAGAAGGAAAGGCUUACGGGGCGGAGCUGCUCAGAGACCUGCUGAAGCUCCUUCCCGACGUAGAGGAGGUCAAGAAGCUGCGGGCGUUUAAAGGAGACCCGGACAAGCUGACGCUGGUGGAUUCCUUUAUGUUCCUCUUGAUCCAGGUGCCUCGGUUCGACGUUCGGAUCGAGGCCAUCGUCCUCCAAGAAGAGUUCUGCCCUUCCUGUGCUGCGAUGAGACGCGACAUCGACGUCGUCCGCAUCGCCACCAAAGAGCUGAUGAGCUGCGAGGAGCUUCAUGCCAUCCUGCAUCUGGUGCUGCAGGCUGGAAACAUCAUGAAUGCUGGCGGGUACGCGGGGAACGCCGUGGGCUUCAAGCUGUCUUCCCUCCUCUCGUUGGCCGACACCAAGGCCAACAAGCCGGGGAUGAACCUGCUGCACUUUGUCGCCAUGGAGGCAAAGAAAAAAGACGAGAAGCUGCUCAAGUUUCCGGAGAAACUUCCGCACGUGCAGAGCGCCUCCAGAAUCUCAGUGGAAAACAUCGAGGUGGAGUUUUCCUCCCUCUAUGUCCGGAUUAAAACCCUGGAGGAGAAGGUUCAAGGAGACCCGGAGCUUCUGCAGCAGCUGGAGGCCUUUCUGCAGGGCUCCGCGCGGACACUGCAGGACCUGAAGAGAAGCCGGCUGGAUCUGCGCAAAGAGGGGAACGCUCUCAUCGACUUCUUUUGCGAAGACAAGGAUACCUUCAAGCUGGACGAGUGCUUCCGCAUCUUCCAGGACUUCUGCAUCAAGUUCAAGAAAGCUGUGAAGGACAACGCGGACCGCGAGUCGAAGGAGGCGGCCCGGCAGCGGCGCCUGCGGGAGUUGGAGGAAAAGCGCGUCGCCUGGUCGGCCGCGGACCAGAGCGGCGGCGGCGGCGGCGGGUUCGGCCGGAGCAGCAGCGAGAACGACGUGGAGACGCUCACCAAGGAGGGCCUGCUGGACUUCUUCCAGCAGAGGUCCCAGAGCCCCCACAGCCCGCUGGGGCGCUCCGCCAGCGCCCGCCGCCACCGCCACGCCGGUCCGGCGGACCGGCAGCUCCACGGCUACCUGGAGCUCUUCGGGGGCUCCGGGAAUCCCGCCGACCGCCUCAAGUUCAGCAGCCUGCCUCGGCCGGGCCGCGGCGCGCAGCGGGCCGCGACCCCCUGGAUGUCGGGGCAGGGCGACGACCGCGAGCUGCGCUGCGACAGGCCUGAGCCCGUCGGGUCCCCCCCCCCCUCCUGCUCCUCCUCCUGCUCCUCCUCCUCUUUCUCCUCCUCCUCGCGCGGGCGGAAUGACAACGAACCGCGCGGCAACAACAACAAUGACUCAUCCGCGUCAGAGGGGGGUCGCGCUACGCCUCGUGCCUUCUGCGUCUUUCAGAAGCCCCCCCAUCUCGCCCUUAACCCGGCCAUCAGCGGCCACAUGAGCGUCAACGUAGACACGCACACUUUAGUCCGAGGUCCUCAGGCUUUCGACCUGCCGAGUCCAAACAACAACAACAACAGUAAUCCGGCGCACUUUGUCAACCAGGGCCAUGUGGUGGUGACUGAUUUGGAAAAGGGCCGACGGUCACUUCCUGUGAAUCUGGACAUCCUUCUACAUGACAACGUGGCGGAAAGGGGAACCGAUCCCAAGGUGGCCUGGGGAGAGAAAAUGGAUCCACGCGCACAGGCUGGCGUCCCGCUUGAGGGAGAGGAAGAGGACAACAGCACAGUUUCAUCCACGACCUGCGACACGCCCCUCCCACUGGAUCCACCCGUGUCCAACAAGAAACCGGACUGCACGGAAACGGACUGCUCCGUCACCUCGGAUUACUCUGAGGUCGAAACGAAGGAGGGGCGGCGGGCUCCUGGCUCCCUGUCCUCCAAUCUGGAGUCGUUGUCAACCAACGAGCUUCCGGCGCCCAAAUCUGCUGACGCGGCGCCCGUGACCCCGUCCGCUGCUGCUGCCGCUGCCGCCGCCGCCGCGGAGGAGUGGGACACGGAGAGCUGCGACACGGCCGAGGGGAAACGAGGCGCGGGGAAGGACGCGCAGAAAGGCAGCCGGAAGGCGCCGCAAACCAAGAGUCGAAGCAACAAAGCGCCGAGGGGAGGAGGAGGUCGUGCCGCGCGAACGCUGACCGGCAGCGAGAACCACGGCAUGAGGAAGGUGGUGCCCAUCGGCAGGCUGGCGAGGACGGAGAGGCCGCUGGCGCACGGCAGCGGCGGCGGCGAGACGCGGCGGCCCCUCCGCGACCACAGCACGCCGGCGGGGGGGAGGAGCGUAAGGACCGCGAGGCCCCCUCGACCCUCCAGCCUGCCGCCGGGCGAGGCCGCAGGCCGGAGGGGAAGCGGCCUGGCAGGUGGCCCCCCGGGUUGGGCUCGCGACCCGGCCCCCCGGAAGCCGUCCGUCCACAGGCCGAGAGCCAAAUCGCCGAGGAACGUCCCCAAGGCGGCGCCCGAGGAGAAGAUGUGCCGCUCCACCAUGAGAGCGUUGGCGCGGGCCCAGGCUCAGGGCGGAGCCUCGUCUGAGGGCAGCAGCUGCCGAGCGCUCGGCGCGAAGGACGCCGCCGACCUCCCCAGCUUCGCACGCAACACGGUGGCAUCGACCUCCCGGACCAAGAAGGAGCCGCCGCCGCCGCCGCCGCCGCCCCCGUCCGUCCCGUCGGUGCUGUCCGUCCCGUCGGUCCCCUCCGUCCCCUCCACCCCGUCUCGCAGCCCCUCGCUUCCCGCCCGGCAGAGCCCGGCGAAGCAGAACAAGGCGGCGCCCGCGGCUCAGGCCGGCGAGGAGAGGCCACGCGGGACGAACCUGAGGCGGGUGCAGAGCGUGAAAGCGGCCAGUCGCAGCGCCUACCGCAGUAUGACCCCGCCCCCGCCGCGGGAAAAUGUCCGCAAGGCCAGUUGCAUUUCUGAAAAGUCUGUCUCCUCGAGAGAGGCGGCGGCGUCCGGCAGAAGCUCCAAACCCAGCUGGAAAUAAAGAGACUGCAGAAGAAUGAGCCACUCUGAUGGAAACCCCUGUUGGUUUCCUUUUUUGUUCUUCUUUUUCUUAGCACAUCUUUGCCUUCCACAACGCGGGCGUGUCCAAUCUGAAAAAAAAAAAAAAAAAGGGUCUUAAGCUAUUCCCACACUAUGGAUCCUCCAUCAGCUGAUUAUGGAUCAGCUGCAAAGAGCGAGAUGCAAUGAACUGCUCGUGCUGUUUUGUUGCUGUUUUGUUGCUGUUGUUUUUCCACGACUUCCCUUCCUUUUUCUUUUCUUUUUUUUCUUUAACUACACAGACGCGCGGCGAAUCGUCGCUGUUACCCAGCAGCCUCUUUGCCUGCUCGCAGCUGUGCAGUCACUGCACUGGGUCCGUGACCACCGGUGACCACGCGCCGCUGCCCGGUCUCCUUCAGGGUCACACGGCGCGUUGGAGCUCACCUUGCUGCUGUUGAGAUGUCUUUUUUUUUUUUUUUUCACUGCUGCAGAGAAUUGCUUCUCUUUGCCUUUUUUGGUUCCUUUGCUUGAUACCUCAUGAAGAUCUCAGUGGCCUUGUACCAGCAGGAAGCUUGGAGUUUGUUGAUUUGACUC